AGGCCCGGUGGGCCCGUGGGAGGCUCCGGUCCGAUUCACGGCAAUUUCAGAAAAUCGAAAUUCUAAGAAACAGGGCCCCAGUUCCUGGCCGGCCAGGACAAGCAGGGUGGGGAGCGCUGCAGGAAAAGCCAGGAGGUGGGCCACGACCCCAAACUCGGAUGUUCGUUUCCUGCCGCGCCCAGCGAACGCCCCUCGCCACCGUCUGCUUCCCACGCCUGGCCUCUUCCUGGGGCUCCGGGUCGCUUCGCCGUUCCCCGAGCGCUUCUCACACCGCCGGGAAGCCACAACGAGAUCUGGGCUCAGGCGGCGUUUAGGUGGGAGCCACAACGAAGCCAGGAGGUGGCCGGCGGCUCCCAUCGGGGGGCGAAGAGUGGGGGCUAGGGACGGGAGCGCCCGCCGAGGAGCCCGCGGCGGCCCGAGGGCGGAGGCCGGAGAGGAUGCGGGGGCCUGCGCAUCCCGGCUGAGUCACCGCCCCUCCCUCCCCGCACAGCGCCGGCCUGACACCCGCGCCUCCUCCGCCUGGCACCAGCCGUCCUUCCCCUUUAACGGCGCGGCCCCGCCCCUGCCCUCCCCCAGCCCCUCUGCCCGCCGGGGCCGACCUGUCAGUCACUGCCCCGGCCUGGCCGGCCGCCCCUCUCCACACCCGCCUCCCGCAGCGGCCCGGGCAGCCCCGCGUCACCUGCGCUCCCGGGACCCGCGGCCACGCUCCCCCGGGAUGCGAGUCCCUGCGCGGACGCCCGGGCGGGGCGGGCACGCGUGCGGCUGCGCCCGGUGCGCGGGGAUGCUGCUGGCGCGGGGGCCCCGGCGCCCGGCCGGACCCGCGGGCCCCUGAAGCCGCUGUCGGGGCCGGCAGAAACACCCUCGCAGCCGUCCAGCCUCCCGGCCCUCUCCGGCUGGGACCCAUGGAGCCCGCGGCCUUGGCCGCGCACCACCUCCCGCAGCACGAGCCCAUCAGCUUCGGCAUCGAUCAGAUCCUGAGCGGCCCCGAACCCUCCGCGGGCCAGAGCCUCGGGGACAGCGCUGCGUUCCCCGGCGGCUUCCACGGGGCCCCCGGCUACGCUGCCGCGGGCUCGCUGGCCGCGGUGCCGAGGGGCUCGGGGGGCGGCCCGGGCGGCGUGAUCCGCGUCCCCGCGCACCGCCCGCUGCCCGCGCCGCCCGCGCCUGCGGCCCCCGCGGUGCCCGGGCCCUCGGGCGUGGGGGGCGCCGGCGGCCUGUCGGGGCUCAGCUUCCCCUGGGUGGACGGCGGCCGCCGCUUCGCCAAGGACAGGCUCACGGCCGCGCUCUCGCCCUUCUCCGGGACUCGCCGCAUAGGCCACCCCUACCAAAACCGGACCCCGCCGAAGCGCAAGAAGCCGCGCACCUCCUUCUCGCGCUCGCAGGUGCUGGAGCUGGAGCGCCGCUUCCUGCGCCAGAAGUACCUGGCCUCGGCCGAGCGGGCGGCGCUGGCCAAGGCCCUGCGCAUGACGGACGCGCAGGUCAAGACCUGGUUCCAGAACCGGCGCACCAAGUGGCGGCGCCAGACGGCGGAGGAGCGCGAGGCCGAGCGGCACCGCGCCGGCCGCCUGCUGCUGCACCUGCAGCCCGACGCGCUGCCCCGGCCGCUGAGGCCGCCGCUGCCGCCGGACCCGCUCUGCCUGCACAACUCGUCGCUCUUCGCGCUGCAGAAUCUGCAGCCCUGGGCCGAGGACAACAAGGUGGCUUCGGUGUCCGGGCUCGCCUCAGUGGUGUGAGCGGCCCCGGGGCCGGGUGCGGCGCGGCCGGCCGAGCGCGAGGAGCCGAAGGCUGCGACUGUCCUCCGAGGCUCCGGGGCGUCAGCGGCCCCCGCCCGCACCUUGACUGCACCCUUCAC